AUGCCUAAAACCUAUACUGAAACCUGCAUGACUGCAAAUCAGGGUUCUGAAUCCACCGCUCUAUCCGUCGUCUUCUCUUUCAGUCCACCGCUUCUGAAAACCGAGUUGGUUGUUAAGAAAACCGGCGGAACGAUGUUGACCAUAAACGGUGCCAAGGCAGAUUUCGGAAAGAAUGCCUUCAGCGGCAAAAAGGACAAGUUCGUUUUUGCCCCGGUCCCUUCUCCUGUUCGCGGCUACUCCAGUCCGUGGUUGGGGCCAAACCUGAGGUUGGCCAGCGAAAUUCAAAUGAUUUGGACACCAGCGAAACUAAAGACACCCUGCUCAAUUUUUUUACCGUUCACAUUUGCUAGCGCACUUGAGUUAACGACGGAGGAGGCCACGGAGCGUGCGAAAACUCUAAUAGCGGCUGCAGGUAUACUAUUUUUGGCAACAUACGCGGCUGCGGCGGCAGCAGCGGCUAAAGCUGCUAAGGAGGCUGCGGCAGCUGCAGCUGAGGCAGGAGCUGAAGGCGCAGAAAAACCAAAUAAGAAGAAAUCCGUGAAGCACGAGAAGAACAAGGCCGACUACACUGCCCUGGAUGUACCAAUUCUGGACACCCGAACGGUCUUCGUUUUACAGGCGAAAAUUGGUGACGAGUACUGGACGUUGAAGCAGAAUAUAGUGUUUGUCCAACCCCUGAUUCAUUACCUGGAGUGGCCACCACAAGUUUUGAAAGCAGCCCGCAUGGCGGGACGGUUCAGCGAGUACAAGGAACCUCAAAAGCCCGCGGCUCCGUUGCCGACGGAUAAUGCGAAUUCGCCAGCCAACAAAGGUGCCGGGGGCAAAAACCGAAAGUCGGCUGCAAAGCAACCAGCCGAACCGGUGCCUGAAAUCCUUCCAGACGUUGAAAUUGCCCGAAGGACAGAGAUGCUGGCUGGGGGAAUCUGCUUCGAGGCUGAUGAGUUUAACGACUUUGUAGCAAUUGUGAUCGCCACACCCUCGGAGGCAGUGGAGUUCGAUCGCGAGGGUGGUCUGUUGCGUUCCCCUCUUCUCCAUCCACUGCUUAGCGUUCGCAUACCCAAACUUUGCACGAUGGAAACGAGGACCUCUACCUUUAAGGUUAUUGAUGUCCGUCCAGACAUGAUGCCCUCAAUCCACAACUUCGAUCCGCAAUUAACUGAAAUCAAUGAAUGUUCACCUAUCUACGAAAUGGAUCUAGGCCUAAAGCCAUUUGAACGGCCGGUUUACCUACAACUCCCCCUACCUAACUGGUACAUGGACUUGAUUGAUAAGAUGCUCCACCCGCCCGAGUCAGAAUCAAACAGCGGUCCAGAUGAACUGGCUACCCAUAAAGAAGGUUUGCCUCCAGCCACAGGAGCUGCGGAGGAGGGGGAGAAGGCGGAACAAAAGCCCGGGGAUGAGAACGCUAACAACGUGAUUCCCCUGGAAAAAAGGCCCAAAAAUCUCCUUCUUCUAUACCAGGUAGUAUUUAUAAUGUUCAGUAGAUUGUGA